CUUGCAGGGACUUUGCGCAAUUAAGGGCAAACAUUUCAUUCUGUGAUAUCCAGAAAGAAGCAAAUGACACUUUCUGGAUAAACUCAGACUGUGCAAAGUGACAAGCAUAUGAAGUAUCAGUAGACUAUUAUUAAAAAUGAAAAACAUUCAAUUUACUCUCAUCGUCAUCACCAUUUCAUUGGCAGCUGCAUUAACUGGGCCAAAGCAAGUGUUCGGGACAACAGGAGGAGCAGUCACCAUAAGAUGUCAGUAUUGUGCCUCAUAUUACAAGUACCACGAAAAGUACUUGUGCAAGGGGUCCGAGUGGAAAUCAUGCAGUAUUAUUGCCCAUUCUCAAGGCCAGCAGGAAAACAUUGACAAUAGAAUAAUUAUUGUGGACAACCAAACCAGCGGAGAAUUUUUCACUACCAUGACCCAACUAUCCACCAAGGACACAGGACAUUACUGGUGUGGUAUUACAAUCACUGGCUACGACAGAAUGGUUAAGAUACAACUGAACGUUAUAGAAGCUCCAACAACACCAUCACCCACGCUGCCCUACGAACCCUUGGAAACAGUUCAUCAGGCAAAUCAAAGUACCACAGAUUUGUGCAUCCUUCUGGGACUGAUGUUUGGAAUUUUGAUUAUCGCUGCUAUUUUUAUCAGAAGAUGUAGAAAAUAUUCAGCAGUGGGUGAGAAGGGAUUCCGUUACAUAGAGGAAGAGUCUAAUUCAAGCUAUGCCUUCUAGGGAUGAUGGAGGAAGUACCAUAUGUGACACAACAACAACUAAAUCCAGCUCUCAAACAUAAGAAGGCCUUCGCUAUCUUUAUGAGACAUCUGACCAGAAGGAGAAUUUCUAGUCACAGCGCUGCUCAUCUUCCAGAAUUGAUCCAUUCUCAACAUUUGGAUUAUAAUCAUAAUGCUUCCGUAAUCAAUACUUCAGAUUUGUAUGUUAAAUUUAUUAGGACAAUCUGAAACUACAUUUUAUUAUGCUCUUUCAUCUCAGCUAACACUUCUACAGCCUGGUAUUCAUAGAAACAUAGAAAACCUACAGCACAUACAGGCCCUUCAGCCCACAAAGUUGUACCGAACAUGUCCCUACCUUAGAAAUUGCUAGGUUUACCAAUAGCCCUCUAUUUUUCUAAGCUCCAUGUACCUAUCCAAAAGUCUCUUAAAAGACCCUAUCAUAUCUGCCUCCACCACCGUUGCCGACAGCCCAUUCCACACACUCACUAGUCUCUGAGUAAAAAACUUACCUCUGACAUCUCCUCUGUACCUACUCCCCAGCACCUUAAACCUGUGUCCUCUUAUGACAACCAUUUCAGCCCUGGGGAAAAGCUUCUGACUAACCACACGAUCAAUGCCGCUCAUCAUCUUAUACACCUCUAUCAGGUCACCUCUCAUCCUCCAUCGCUCCAAGGAGAAAAGACCGAGUUCACUCAACCUGUUUUCAUAGCCAAGAUGUAGAGGUAGGGCGGCAUAAUAGUGUAGCGGUAAAUGUGAUGCUAUUACAACGCCAGCGAUCGGAGUUCAAUUCCCAUUGCUGUCUUAAGGAGUUUGUACGUUCUCCCUGUGUCUGCGUGGGUUUCCCCCGGGUGCUCCGGUUUCCUCCCACAUUCCAAAGACGUACGGGUCGGUUAACAUGGGUUUAAAAUGGGCGGCAUGGACACGUUGGGCCAGAAGGGCCUGUUACCAUGCUGUAAAUAAAAUUUAAAAAAAAAGUUUUAUGUAUUGUCAGUGUUGGUAAGAGACAAAUCCUACACAUUUUUGGACUGCAACUUAUUGUCCACUACUUCAGUCUCUCUACACUAAAAAGAGUGAAGAGGCACAUGAGUAACUUGUGGAUUCACCCUCCGACAGAGCCAACAAUCAUUUUUGGUUUUACAGAGGAAAUGCUUUCAAAGGCUUUGACGAAGUUUCUUUCUAAAAUGAUUGCAACACAAAAUGUUUGUGAAAGACCCAUCUGAUUAUUAUGCAAUUGAUCAAAUAAUUGCUGUUUCCACAGCAAAUAACAAGAGGAACCAAGGUUUACAAAUCAAAUAUGUUAAUAAACUUUCUUUUAAACAAUAUAA